AUGACUGGAGCAACCAGCAUCCCAACCGGCACCGGCCAGGUCGACCAGAAUCGCCGCGCUCCUCGCGACUUCAAAGCAACGGAAGCCAAAAGGCCAGACUGGAAUGAGAGCACUCCAUUUACAUGGACCAAGACCAAGCGGCCAGACUGGAAGUUCGGCGAUGGGGCCAACAAUAAAGACGACCCGUCCAAGAACAAACAGAUCUCCAUCGAUCCCUAUGCAGAAGGUCGGGAUCCCGCGUUUAACUAUCGCCUGAUCACUUCAGCUGUCAUUCCUCGACCAACAUCCGUCGUGAGCACAAUUUCUGCCGACGGGAAGAGCACGAAUCUGGCGCCGUACAGCUUCUUUCAAGCCAUGAGCCACGAUCCACCCACGUUUGUCAUUGGUCAUGCCGUUGGCUCAACCUCAGCCAAAGACAGCUUGGCCAACCUGCAAGAAACGGGAGAAUGUGUCAUCAACAUUCUCACCGAGGACAUCCUGGAAGCCUCCAAUGCGUGUGCGAUGGAUACGCCUUAUGGUGUCAGCGAAUGGGCUCUGACGGGUCUGACUCCUGAGCCGUGCACAGAUGUGAGGCCCAGCCGCAUCAAAGAGGCUGUGUUCGCCGUCGAAUGCAAGCUCGUUUCUACGCACGAAAUCAAAAGUCGGAGCAGGCCUGGCAAGGUUUCGAAUGUGAUGACCAUCUUGGAAGGAAGCCGUUUCUGGGUGCGCGAAGAUGUUGUGGAUCAGGAUCGCAAGUUCAUUGAUCCGGCAAAGUCGAUGCCAAUUGGGCGUCUGCAAGGCAUUUCAUACGGACGUAUCACGGAGGCUUUCCAGAUCCCGUGGCCAUCGUGGGCUGAGGUCGAGCCGGUUGAGAAGGCACAGGGCAGAGUUAGGCCAAAGGCGGAAGGUCAAUAG